AUGACCGACGAAAGACUGGCUCAUGCCGGUUUUGCCAACGAGCACCAGUUCAACUGGCGCAACCUGCGACUGUGUAUCCUUGUGUCAUCUGCAGCAUGUGCUUGUGGCUACAUGCUGUCUAUCAUUGGGUCGGUCUUGGGAAUUCCAGGAUUUCAAGUCCAUAUGGGUAUUCUUGACCCAGUAACCGGCACCCCGACUCCCAAUGCAGCUGGAUUGACAGGUGCUAUCACGGGGACUUUCUAUGCUGGAUCAUGCUGCGGUUUGAUCUGGGGGAGCUUCGUGAUGGACAAAUGGGGACGCAAAGCAGGGCUGAUCAACGCGGCUAUUCUCGCGUCUAUUGGCACAAUAGGAGUUACAGCUGCUAACGGAGCGCCCAUGUUUAUUGUGUUCCGCUUCUUCUGCGGUGCAGGUUCGAACGCGUUUCUCGGUGUCACCGGGGUCUUUACGACCGAGAUCUCGCCACCUGCAAUGCGUGGGCUCUUCGUGGGUAUGGUCGGUGGGGGCAUACUCACGGGCUACUCGAUCGCAUCCUUGAUGGGCGUCGCCUUCUUCCACGUCAAGGACAAUGUUGACGCACAGUGGCGAGCCCCACUUGGACUGGCUAUGGUAUUCAUCGCUUUCGUCCUGCUGAUUCUGCCUUUGCUGCCCGAGUCGCCGCGGUGGCUGUUAAUGCAAGGGCGAAAUGCAGAGGCCAAGGACAUUGUUUUGAACAUCCACAAGGACACCAAGUCGAACAGUCAGACAUUUGCCGAGCACGAGUUUUACCAGAUGCAACAACAGAUCGAACUCGACAAGCAGCUCAGCACUUCUUGGGCCGAGAUGUUCCGCCGCCCGUCACUUCGCAAGCGUGCCAUGAUCGCUAUGACGUUUGGGUUUUUCAACCAAAGCACCGGCAUUCUCGUCAUAGGCAGCUACGGAACUCUGAUAUACCGCAGUCUGGGCUUCGACACGAACGCUGUUCUAUGUUUCCAAGCCGGUUGGAUCAUGACUGGAGUGCCCUUCAACUUUCUGGGAGCGUGGCUAUCCGAUCGAUGGGGACGGAAACCCAUGUUCAUCCUUGGUCUUUUAGGCUGCGCUUUCAGCUUGGCUCUUGAAGCUGGGCUGGUGGCCACUUGGGUCACGCCAGAGGAGCUCCAACAUCCCAACAAGGUCGCCUUGGGAUGGGCGGUCGCCGCGCUGUAA